GGAGGAGGCCAGGGUGUCCCGGCCCGCGCCCAGGAGCCUGGAAGGCUGCCUGCAGAGACAGAGCUGACUGGUCCCCAGGCCGGUGGUAGCCCCGACUUGGCGCUGGGCCCCGAGGAGGCGAGGACCGGGAGGCUGGACGGCUGACUGCGGGAGGGAGCCUGGGGCUGGGGCACGGGAGAGUCCCGGCUCUCCUUGGGCUAGGCGCUCCUACAGGGGAUCGGGGUCGGAGCCAAGAAGGGAACAGCCUUCCCAAAAGGGGGCCGAAAGGAAGGGUCCCGGGGGUCCCCGGCCCUGGGGGUGGGCAGCGCCAGCAUGAACCUGUUUCGGAUCCUGGGGGACGUUUCCCACUUACUGGCCAUGAUCCUUUUACUGGUCAAGAUCUGGAGAUCCAAAUCCUGCCGAGGAAUCUCUGGGAAGAGCCAGGUCCUAUUUGCUCUUGUCUUUACAACUCGAUACCUGGACCUGUUCACCAACUUUAUCUCCCUCUACAACACAGUGAUGAAGGUGAUCUUCCUGCUGUGUUCCUAUGUCACCGUAUACAUGAUUUACUGGAAAUUUUGGAAAUCGUUCGACAGUGAAAAUGACACGUUCCGCCUUGAGUUCCUCUUGGUCCCAGUCACUGGUCUCUCCUUCCUCGAGAAUUACAGUUUCACCCCUCUGGAGAUCCUCUGGACUUUCUCCAUCUACCUGGAGUCUGUGGCGAUCCUGCCCCAACUCUUCAUGAUCAGCAAGACUGGGGAGGCGGAAACCAUCACCACUCACUACCUUUUCUUUCUGGGGCUUUACCGGGCUCUCUAUCUGGCCAACUGGAUCUGGCGGUACCAUACGGAAAAUUUCUACGACCAAAUCGCAGUGGUGUCCGGGGUGGUGCAGACCAUAUUCUACUGUGAUUUCUUCUACCUGUAUGUGACCAAAGUUCUUAAAGGAAAGAAGCUAAGCCUCCCGAUGCCCGUUUGAAGAUCCAACCCAGAAGUGACACAAAACCCUUGGGGGCAGCCAUGGAUCUGGAUUUCCUGACCACCAACUCCUAGAGUUACUGUGGUAUUGUUUUUGAACAAAUGGACUUCUGAGAAGGGAUGGAAAAAACAUUUUCUUUCCUUUCCCCUCCAUUCACAUCUAGACUUAAUGAAGGGUGGGACAAGCUCUGGAGCUGAAGUGCACAAUCCUUUUAGCGAGCAUCCCUCAAGUCAGAAUGUUGUUUUCCAAGGUAAUUCUCCCCAAACCAGGAUGGAUCACCCAAAUGGAGUAGAUCCUAACCACCACUCUUACUCUACAACAAUUCACAAUACAGUGAGGGUCUUCCCCCCA